AUUUCACUUUGCGUUACCGGUAAGGAAAGUCGCGGAUUCUCUCUCCGAGUAUAAUGGGGCGAUAAUUCGCUUCCACGUUUAAUUUGAUUAGAUCUCGUGGUAUUCCGUAGUACGUUGCCCGCACCUCGUAAUCGACGUUCUACUUGUUUCAGGCAAAUCACCGUUAAACUGGCUACGUAAUACGCGGUUAUUACUUGGCCGGAUUUCUUUAUUACGGUAGAUGCUACUGUAAGGACUUGGCACGAAACAGGACAACCCCAAAAUGCAGCAGCAGUCAGUAAUGGAAGAGGGAACGGCCUACGAGCCACCUACUUACGAUGAAACAUUCCCUGUCCUUCCCGAAUCAUCAAGUUCCAACUCUGGACAGUUAAACAUAUUUUCUAUAAACAACAAUUUACAGCUUGGGCGUAUAACUAUUACACAGAUGUUCCGUGUACCAGGGGAAGAGCGCAAAUUUGAUCAUAGUGAUAAAUUUGGCGAACGUGAAUCUAUCCGUACAUGUAAAACUAUUAUGAAAGAAACAAAUACUAUUAUUGAAAUUGCAUCAUCUAAAGAUCAGUCUCUAACGUUUCUUAUAACUGGGAAGCAAAAUCAAGUUCUAGAAGCCAAAAGGCGCAUUUUAACAACAUUUCAAACUCAGGCAAGCAAGCAGAUUAGUAUUCCUAAGGAUCAUCAUCGUUGGAUUCUUGGAAAGCAAGGACAGAGAUUGAAAGAUUUGGCAAAAACUGCUACAAAAAUUAAUGUCCCUGGUGUGCAAGAUCAGUCAGACAUAAUAACAAUUACAGGGACAAAGGAAGGGAUUGAAAAGGCUGAACAUGAAAUUAGAGUUAUCUCUGAUGAACAGUCUAGGAAAGCUUUCGAAAGGAUAACUGUGCCAAAAAUAUACCACCCAUUCAUAUAUGGUGCGCAUAAUGAAAAUCUCAAUGCCAUGAUGGCAGAAACUAGUGCUCGUAUCAAUAUUCCUCCUGCAUCAGUGCAGCAGGAUGAAAUAACCAUAGCUGGCGAGAAGGAAGGAGUUUUAGCUGCUAAGCAAAAGAUUGAAAGUAUCUACAAAGAUAUGGAGAAAAGAUGUACUACGGUAUCUGUAGAAGUUCCCAAGUCUCAACAUAAAUAUGUAAUUGGACCUCGUGGCAGUACCAUAGCAGAGAUAUUACAAACAACUGGAGUAAGUGUAGAGAUGCCUGCACCUGACUCUGCAACUGGUACCAUAACUCUUAGAGGACCCCAAGAGAAACUUGGUCAGGCACUUAACAAGGUGUAUGAAAAAGCAAAUAGUGUUCGCACUGCUGUUGUGGAAGCUCCAGUUUGGAUACAUAAAUACAUCAUUGGACGCAAAGGUGUAAAUAUCAAGAAAAUUACUCAAGAAAUGCCAAAAGUGAACGUGGAGUUCACAGGAAAGGAAGAUAAAAUUAAGAUAGAAGGUCCACCAGAGGAAGUUGAGAAAGCGCAAAAUGAGCUACAGCUCAUGGCUAACGAUCUUAUUGCUAAACUCACUUUCGCAGAACUGAAUGUUGAUCCUAGAUUUUACAAACAUAUCAUUGGAAAAAACGGUUGCAAUGUGAACCGUGUUAAAGAAGGAACAGGUGUUGUAAUUAGUAUUUCUGAAAAUGAUGGCAGUAAUGUUAUUCGUAUUGAAGGCAAUCUUGCUGGUGUAUUAAAAGCUCAAACAGAACUUGUAGAAAUGGUGAAAAAGUUAGAGAAUGAGAAAGAAAAGGAUGUGAUUAUAGAUCACAGAUAUUAUCGUAACAUAAUCGGCAACAAAGGAGAUAAUAUCAAAGAAAUUAGAGAUAAAUUCAAUCAAGUACAAAUUACUAUACCUGGACCAGGUGAAAAGGGAGAUAUAGUGAAGAUUAGAGGACCCAAAGAAGACGUUGAUAAGUGCCAUAAACACCUAAUGAAACUAGUGAAAGAAUUAAAUGAAAGUAAUCAUGUAUUGGAAGUACCUAUUUUUAAACAAUUUCACAAGUUUGUCAUCGGAAAAGGCGGCGUUAAUAUUCGCAAGAUCAGGGAAGAAACACAAACAAAAAUCGAUUUACCUGCUGAAGGUGAGAAAAGUGAUGUUAUAACUAUUACUGGAAAGAAAGAAAAUGUGGAGAAGGCUAAGGAAAUGAUACAAAAAAUUCAAAAUGAAUUGGCUAAUAUUGUUACCGAGGAGAUCACUAUUCCACCAAAGUUUUACAAUUCUCUCAUUGGUACUGGAGGUAAACUAAUACAUUCUAUUAUGGAAGAUUGCGGAGGUGUUACAAUCAAAUUUCCUACAGCAGAAAGUAAAAGUGAUAAGGUCAGUAUCAGAGGUCCAAAGGACGAUGUGGAGAAAGCGAAAGCACAACUCUUAGAACUAAGCAAUGAGAAGCAAUUAUCUAGUUUUUCGGCUGAAGUUCGUGCCAAAGUUCAACAUCAUAAAUUCCUCAUUGGAAAGAAUGGUGCUAACAUCAAGAAGAUAAGAGAAUCCACGGGAGCCCGAAUUAUAUUCCCGACAGACGAAGAUCAAGAUAAAGAAGUCAUUACAAUUAUGGGCAAGAAGGAAGCAGUAGAAAAAGCUAAAGCCGAGUUGGAAGCCACGAUUAAGGAAAUUGACAAUAUUAUUGAGGGUGAAAUUCGUAUUGAUCCUAAACAUCAUAGACAUUUCGUGGCACGAAGAGGCGGCGUUUUGCAUCGAAUCGCCGACGAAUGCGGCGGCGUACAGAUAUCCUUUCCGCGAGCUGGCGUCGACAGCGAUCGCGUUAUCCUGAAAGGUUCGCACGAAUGCAUAGAAGCCGCGAAGCAACGUAUGCGAGAAAUCGUUCAGGAGUUGGAAUCUAUGAUAACGGUGGAAUGCGUAAUACCGCAAAAGCAUCAUCGUACAGUCAUGGGUGCCAAGGGUCGCAAGGUGCAAAAUAUAACGUCCGAAUACGACGUACAAAUCAAAUUCCCCGAUCGUGAUGUCUAUGAAGAACAGAAAAUGCCGGAGCAAAUUAACGGCGAGAACGGAGAAGCCGGAGAGAUGGUUCUACCGUGCGAUAUAAUUCGCAUUACUGGACAACCAGAGAACGUUGUUGCCGCUAAGCAAGCUUUACUCGAUCUCGUGCCUAUUACGAUUCAAGUAGACGUACCGUUCGAUUUUCAUCGCUCCAUAAUUGGGCAGAAAGGUAAAGACGUGCGGGAAUUAAUGAAUACGUACGAUGUGCACAUUAUGCUCUCCCCGGCAGAAGAAAAACUGGAUUACAUCAAGAUCUCUGGAACGCCGUCGUGUGUUAUAAGUGCCAAGGAAGCUAUUCUGGAAAAAUGCGAGACGUUGAAGGCAGAACGAGAAGAUCGAGCAUUAAAAUCCUUUGAAUUGAAGCUCGAAGUUGAUCCAGAAUAUCAUCCAAAAAUAAUCGGUCGAAAAGGAGCAGUCAUCAGUAAAAUACGUAGCGAUCACGACGUUCAAAUUAACUUCCCGCGCAAGGGUGAUCCCGAGGAGCAUAUUAUCACUAUAACUGGAUACGAAAAGAAUGCGUACAGUGCCCGGGAUGAUAUCAUGAAGAUUGUCAACGAACUGAACGGUCUGACGAAAGAAGAAGUACAGAUAAAUGCUGCUGUUCACUCGCGUUUAAUCGGUGCGAAGGGCAGAAACAUCCGUAAAAUAAUGGACGAAUAUAAAGUCGACAUAAAGUUCCCGAGAAAGACUGAUGCUGAUCCUAAUAUCGUGACGAUCGUAGGAGCGGAAGAGAAUGUAGCCGAUGCGAGGGAUCGUUUGCUAAAUCUAGAGGAGGAAUACAUGCAAGAUGUGAUAGAGAACGAAUAUCGUGAGAGUUUGCGUUCGCCUCAACGCGACGAUGGUAAUGCCGGCGGCAACGAAAACGAUACUGGCUUCAUCGUGAAGGGAGGACCCUGGGAGCAGCAGCAGCAACAGCAGCAGCCUCAAAGCGCGCCGAAUACAGCCAGCGUGGAAGAAUUUCCGCAGUUCGCUGGUUACUCCCACGUGCCCGUUGCAACCCCAGACGGUCCCUGGGGAAUUAAACGUUAAAAAACAUAUAGAAUCUAAAGAUAUCUGAUAAACAAAGAAAAAAAAUUUAAAAAAAGGAUGGAACGUGUAAGUAACGAUGUAACUUUCCUCUAACAAACAAUAUGUAAAAACACACAUAUAAAAUACAUAUAAGCAUAUGCAUGUACACACAUACACACACAUAACGCAUGUAUACACAGACACAUCACAUCAUAUAACACGCAUAUGUGCACUUGUGUUGGGUGGUUCCCUGUUCCAUUACUGACGUUGCUGCAUACGACCUGGCCAUUCUAUUGGACUCUGACACUGGUUUACUACACACAACGCGUUCGACGACGAUGUUUAUAUUUACAAUUCAUUAAUACCGAUGUUCUAUGUAUCUGUAACUGUAACGCAUGUUAUCCUGAGUUUCAAUCGCUCGUUUCAAUCAGACGAUAUGGCACACGAUCGUGUGUACGAUUUAAUUUCGUGGCUUUUAUUUCUAGUGAUAUGCCUUUCAGGUACAGAUAUGUUGUACUUAAGACUGUGGCUUCGUGGGAAAUGAUCGGAUCGGCAUUCUGUAAAAAAGAGACCAAGUCCAAGCAAAAAUUGCAAAGUACAACACUCUUUAAUCAUGUUUCGCAACAAUGUUCUCUAUCUUAGAAUACAAAUUGACCAUAAACUCUCUGUGUAUGGUUUGUAUUCUAUGAUAAAGGAUAAUUUUUUUUGUACGCUUCAGUCUCUUUCUGCAGAAUUGAGCCAAUUUAUAUUCGUGUAUAUUAUACUACUUUCACAGAUACAUAAUAAUCUCUGUAUUGCGUGUAGACUGCAGAAAGUCGUAUACGUUUUUCGUUGGACUUAGCAUAAUAAUUUGUUAAUUUAUUUAUAUUUUUUGUACAUAUAUAUCGCGCAUUUUUCUCGUUAUUUUAUGCCACUGGAAUCAAGUGACUUCUAAACUACAUCACACAAUUAUUGUAAAAUUUAUAUCGUAAAAUCUUUGCGAAUCAAAAAGGGAAAAAACGUGUUAGAGGCUUUCAAAGGAAAAGCUAUUCCUUAGCAACUCGCGCAAUUUUUUAUCACAUUACUAUAAAACUCUUUUCACUCGUCUCUGAGAUUUUGGAUGUGACAUAAACGAGAACUCUCAUCAAUGGUUGAUAAUAUCGAGAAAUAAUAGAUUUAUACAAUCGGAGAUUGAGAAACAUUGAUGUCAUUUCUGCGAGUAAACUUUCAAGUUCCGUAGAGACAGGAAAAUGUAUUUUAUGCCAUUUGUUAUGCGUUUUGCAACUUUCCAGUAUAUAAGUAGAGAGAUCAUUUUCUUAUAUCUUUAGCAUCACAAAAUGCAAACUGGAACCUAUGCUACUUUUUAAUUGCCUUACAAGCAAUCACAUAAUGUUGUAUAUUCAAGGAACACGGUAUUUAAAAGGCCUUGAUCCCGCGCGCGCCGCUCAAGACUAUUUGAGACAUUAUAUUAUACAUUAUACAUUAUACAGUGAAAUCGGCAUCGUUGCAGAGAAUGGUCAAAUUUUUGGAUGUUACGAAUAGCGAACGAUACACGAAUUCCUUUCGAUAGCCGGCUUUAUUUAUUUGUCCUACAUUCUACCGUUUGAUGUGCAAGUCCUUUGCAUUCUACUAUUUAUGAGGCCAACUAGCUAAGAAAAGGAUAUUCAGUUCAAGUGCCUUGUCUAUUUUCUUCGAGACAGCUCAUUUCAAUUGUUGGAGGAAUGUGAAUACUAGAUUAUACAUAUAAUUAUACAUAAAUGCAAUAUAUAUAUUUAUAGGUAUAUUUAUAUAUAUUGCGUUUAUCCGGGAUAUCUGAAAAUCACUGGAAGAUACUCUCGGAAUAGAUUUAUUCAGGAAUUUCAAAUUUAUUCUUUCACAUAGCGAAACUAUCUAAAACUAAUAUUUAUCACAAUUUUAAUAUUACAUAUAAUCAAAUUUCGUAAAUUAAAAUCUUUUUAUGUCAUUUUAUACCUCUGAAGUUUUACUUGUAAAAAGUCUUUGUUUUCACUAGUUUGUAAUUUUGAAACUAUUGAUGAAUCUUUUAUUAAAUUGUUUAUCGGUUCAACGGUAAUUUAAUUCUCGCUAUUUUUUUAUUAAAUUAUUCUAGAUUGGUUAAUCUGUCUCUAAAGUAUCAUCUGGUGAUUCUGGGACAGCCUGUAUAUAUACACAUCACAUGUAAACACGUAUAUAUGGAUACUGAUAAUAAUUAUUCUAUAUAAUAUGUAAUAGAAGAGAAAGAGACGUAAUAUAGGUACCACGGGUACAAUGAUACACUACUAUUAUGAAUGAAAUAAUAGGAUUAUCAUGUAUACAGAAAUUCACUUAUAUUUUUUAGAUUUACAGUAAUUUUUAUAAAUCUACUUGGUACGGCGACCUAUGUGUCAUCUCCAAUGCAUGGUAAAUAUAAGGAAAAAGCCAGAAUUAGUAAAAAUUUUAAUAUGCUUAAUUUUGGCUAAGAAUUUGAUAGAUGCUGUGCAUGACUCUAAUUUUCUAAUGAGUUAUAAAAUAUAUUGUAAUUAUACAUAUUAAACAUUAUUCUCUGUACACUUAAGUAAAUAAUGUUAUAACACAUGAAUUCUCUAUUGUAACAAUAUAUUCUACAUUCAUUGAUCCAUUUA